CGGGUUUCUGCUGAAUGAAAUUCAACCCGGCGCUGCUAACGCUCUCUCUGUAUGAUGGAGAAUGAGAAUGAUACUAAUUUCCGUCUCUCCAGCUACGAUCAUUGUAUCCGUACUAUAUCGAAUAUCAUUCCCGCACUAAUAUCAGACUCCGGAGCCAUAGCUCCUCUCACAUUACUCACACCUAAUAAACGGACCCCAGGAUAUGCAGGCCCGGAUGAACCCGGAUAUCGCCAUGAGAGCAUAAAAAGAAAGCAAAGAGGGGUAUGCGUUGCUGAAUCCCACCUUGGAAUGAUUGGCCUGUGGGGGAGCUUUCUAUGCAGGCCUUAUUUACACGUGUGGUGUCGCAGAAACUUGCCUAAUAUUAUUAUCAACCAAAGUUAUCGGGCCAAUCGACUAAGCAGCCCACGCCCGGUCAGAAAAGCAGCGGAAAAAGAUGCCGCCAAUUUCUCAGCCUCGAGCGCGGAGUUACAGCAUUGGAUUCCUAAUCACGAGAGAAACUAUAAUUGUUAUGCAUUGAAUGGCACUGCAGCUUUUAACGGGCCGGACUCCACAUGGAUCAAUUGGGUUAAAUCUCCACCGAUUAGUAUUCACGAGAUUCUCGACGCUACGUCGCUGCCGUGCACCCCUCGAGGAGUAAACUAAACAUUCAUCUUGUUCGAAAUGGGCUGUUUAGUGUGAAUCGUACGAUGACGCAGAUCAUAGCAUCACGGUACGCUAGGUAUUGAAAGCUUGGCAGUGUUGAUGAUCUCUAGUAAUUGCCAGACCGGAA